AAAGGAUUCGUGUCUCCCCCCCUCUACAAACACGUCCAUCUCCUGCCCACAACAACAACCACAACGAAACUCCUCAGCUCAAAUGACCAUUUUACCCUCCCUCCAGUCCUGCGCCGUCUCACAGCAAGGAGAAUUCUCCCUUCUAAUCCCAAAGGACUAUUUCGUCCGAGAAAUCAACGCCCUCCUUUGGUUCUUCCUCAUCGCGAUCACAUCCCUCCUUGUACGGAAGAUCGUCCUCCUUAUCAGAUUCUGGGCUAAGGCCCGUAGAAUCCCGGGCCCACCUUGUCCCUCUUUCUACGGUCAUUCGAAGCUCAUCGCUGGGGCUGGAUCUGGUCAUAAUCUCACCGAUUUCUUGUCUAAGUCACACGAGAAAUAUGGAUCGAUUGUUCGGCUAUGGUUAGGUCCAACUCAGCUUUUGGUUUCAGUAAAGGAUCCAACGCGGAUUAAGGAUAUGCUUAUAAAGGCUGAGGAUAAACUUCCAUUGACGGGGAAGGCAUUUCGUCUGGCUUUCGGCCGAUCCAGUCUCUUUGAUCCAUCCUUCGAGAAGGUGCAAAAGAGAAGAGACUCCUUGGCAAUAGAAUUGAAUGGGAAAUUGCUCGAGAGAGCAAAUGAAAUUUCCUUGAAGGUAGUAGACUGCGUCAUGGAAAGGAUCAAUUCUAUAAUGGCGAAGGGAAUUCUUGAUUGCAGAUCUGUUUCCCAGCAUAUGGCCUUUUCUGUUCUUGGAGCUACACUCUUUGGAGAUGCAUUUUUGGCUUGGCCUAAUGCAAUUGACUAUGAAGAACUACUUGUAAAGAUUGCUAAGGAUGCUUGCUUUUGGGCGUCAUACAAUGUUCCCCCUUUCUGGAAACAGGAGUUUUGGAAGUACCAAGGUUUGUGCACAAGGUUGAAAAGCUUAACACAAGAUAUUAUUCAAUUCUGCAGACAAAACUACAAGUUGUCAGGCCAAAUUGACAUCACCUCUCAGAAUAAGACUGGAAGAAUUGGAAGUGAAAUUGAGGUGGACACGGUAUUUCCUCGCAAUGAUACAAUGGGAGACGGGUUAUUCUCCGAAGAGUUAAAGGGCCAUCUUGAUCCUAGAGAAGAACCUUGUGCGAAUAUCAUGGGUGUGAUGUUUCAUGGUUGCCUAACGACUGCUGGUUUGAUUGGUAGCAUCUUGACCAGGCUUGUGAUGCAUCCAGAAAUACAGGAGAAGAUUUAUUCGGAGAUAAUUAUGGUGCGAAAAUCAUCUAAACCAGAGGCAUAUGAUGUUCAAAAGAUGCAUUUUCUUCUGGCGACUAUUUACGAAUCAGCUCGGCUCUUGCCCGCAGGACCUUUGCUUCAGAGGUGUUCCUUAAAGCAUGACUUGAAUCUUGAAACUGGUAUAACAGUACCCGCUGGGGCAAUUCUGGUUGUUCCCAUUCAACUGGUGCAGAUGGAUUGUACUAGUUGGGGAAGUGAUGCUAGCGAGUUCAAUCCAUAUCGGUUCUUGUCAACAGCCACCCACCAAGGACAUAAAGCUGCGGAGGAAUCUAAUUCAGUGCCCAUAACAUCACUAGCAGGGGAUGUAGAGGAACCUGCAGAUUCUGGAAACAGCCCAUUUGUUGUAGAUGACCCAAAUGAAAAUGCUGCUUUCCUUCCUUUUGGUUCUGGUACACGGGCAUGUGUUGGCCAGAAAUUUGCAAUUAUUGGAAUUACAACAUUGUUUGCGUCAUUGCUUCAACACUAUGAGGUAAGACUUCAGCCGGGUUCUGAGAACAAUCCAAAGCCGAUGAUGAACGACUGUGUUUUUCAGCUUCUGCCAAGCCCAAAGAUCGUUUUUGUGAAAAGAAACCGUUGAAAUAAGAUAAGAAAAAAGAAAAGUAAAAAAGGGAAGUGAUGAUUUGGAUGAAUAAAUUGGGUAGUUUUACUAUUCUUUUUACUGGGUUUAAUCGCCAGGGUAUGGACAGAGAAACAUCUCUCAAUUUCACCUGCUUUUAUCGGCGAAAGAGAGAUUUUUCGCCUGUGUUGUGGCUUGUACUCAUGUUUUUCCUCCCUGUUUUUAAUGGCCCAAAGUGCUGCCGAGCUUUGUCGGCAUGGACAAUUUUCAGGGCUUUUUGAAGCACUUUUGAGCUGUUAUUUCGGUGGAGCUGCCUGUAUUUUCUUUUCAUUGUCCUUUUCUUUUUUCCUCCUGAAUGGAGUUCAGAUGUAAGUCUUCUAUAUGCGUAACAAUGACAGACAUGUUGUGUAUAUGUGGAAAACAUAUAUAAAUGGUUGUGGAUUAGCUUUGUUCUGUGAAA